AUGAGUAAAAAGAAACAGAAGAAGACAAGGAGGAUGAUGGACAAAAUGAGGACUUUGUCAUCUCACUGUGUCCUUCCUGCCAAGGGAGAUUCACCCAGCUUCUCUGUUACUGAGAACUUCUCUUGUGAGGACCUUAGAAAGAAACAGUCCUGUCUGAAGAAGAGUUUGGAGGAGAUCGGCCAGUGGGACAUCAUGACAUUGACUCCAUCAGGUCAUGAAGCUCCAAUUUGUCCUCUACAGUCUCCUGAACCUCAGAGCAGAGAAGAGUUUUUACAAUAUUUCUGUUCAGUCACACUGGACAUCAGCACGGCACACAGAGACCUACAUCUGUCUGAAGGGAACAAGAAGGUGACAUGUGAGGUGACAGAGACUGAAUAUCCAGAUCAUCCUGACCGAUUUGACUACUGGCACCAAGUUCUGUGCAGAGAGGUUCUGACUGGGAUUCGCUGUUACUGGGAGGUGGAGUGCAGUGGAGACUAUAUUGAGAUUGGAGUCGCAUAUAAAGGACUGGGCAGGAAAGGAGAUGGUCUGGAGAGCAGUCUUGGAAACAACGACAAGUCCUGGAAGUUGCGGUGUUUAUAUUCCCAGUACUUUGUGCAUCACGGUAACAAGGGUACUGAAAUCCACACCCCCUACAGCCCCAGAAUAGGCGUGUAUCUGGACUGGCCUGCUGGCUCUUUGUCAUUUUAUAGCGCCUCAGAGACAAUGACCCUCCUGCACAGGUUCAACACCACCUUCACUGAGCCGCUCUAUCCAGCAUUUUGGCUUGGUUUUGACUCCAAUGUAACAAUCUGCCAUCUGAUGCCAGGAAAAGCUCUGCAGGUGUUUUGUGGGGAGAAGUCCUAUAAGAAAAUAGAAAGACUGGCGAUGGCUGAAGUCGUGCUGGUUAGUUUAAAGCACUUCGAAUGCUGGUUGUGUGACAAAAUCCUGACUCACCCUGUCACCAUCCACUGUGGUCACACUUUCUGUAAGACAUGCAUCGUCCCCAGAAUGGCGAGAAGCUCCAAAUGUCCUCAGUGUAGGUGUCCUUGGAACAGAAGGCCUAAGAUACUUGAAAAUAUUGUGCUUAAUCGAGCUGUGAAAGAAAUAAAGAAGAAUCUUUCUCAGGGUUAUGCUGGUCCUGGUGAUGUGGAGUGUGAUGCCUGCACUGAGAAGAAAUUUAAAGCUGUGAAGUCCUGCCUGACUUGCAUGGCCUCCUUUUGUAUGACUCACCUGCAGCCUCACUAUAAAGUUGCAACCUGGAAAGACCACAGGCUGACUGAGGCCAAUGCAAAUCUACAGGAGAAACUCUGUGCAACACAUCACCAAAGUCUGGAGUUGUUUUGUGUAAAUGAUGAGAAGUACAUCUGCACAAUGUGUGGAGUGACUGACCAUCACGGGCAUAACGUGUUGCUGCUGGAGAAAAUGAGAGAAACAGAACAGAAACAGCUGGAGCAGACUCUGAGAAAUAUCAGGACGAGACUUGAUGAUACAAACAAAGAACUGAAGAUGACAAACACGAGGCUAGAGAAGAUGAAGACUUUCUCAUCUCUCUGUGUCUCUUCUGAUGAUGGAGACUUGCCCAGGUACACUGCCUCUACUAAAUUCAAUUCUCAGACAAUGAGAACGAAGAUGAUACAGCUGAAAAAUAAUCUGGAAGAGUCUGUGAAUGAGCAGAUCGUGACAUUGACUACAUCAGAUCCUGAAGCUUCAACUUCCACCUCACAGCCCCCUGCGCCUCAGAGCUGAGAGGAGUUUUUAAAUUGUGAGUUUGUACUUUGACUGAAUGGAUCAUCACUGAAGAAAUGUUAAUAUCUCAGGCCAGGCUUAUGAUAUGAAAGUGUGACCAGCAGAAAAUGCUGUGUGAGUGUUGUGUCACUGGUGAGCUGAAAGUGCGGCCGCCCUGAGACAGGUGC